CAACACCCCACCCCCCGGACCCCCGCUAUCCGCUCGGCCCUGUGCCUGCCCGGGCCCUGAGGGUGUGUCCUGCAGCGCACGAUUGUGAUCUGGGAGACGGUUAUAUUCUGAUGUCGGAAGGAUCAGAAGGUUGACAUUCACUGGGGGCGUAAGGUAGUGCCUGAGGAUGUUUCGUGUUCGACUGCUGCCUGCCAUGGCAGCUCUUGGCAGCUUUUCCAGACGAUAUUAUUGGACAACAUACCCAAACAGGAAUCAGCGCAAGUUGAUGAUGUCAACAUUUAUUGGUGUUACAGCUGCUUCAGCCACAGCCAGCUUAUUAUGGAACAGAGUCUAUGCAGAAGCACCCACCUCCGUAAAAAUUCCAUCCAGAUCUGACCCCAGUGAGGAGGAGGAAGAUGAAGAGUACAGUGAGAAGGCUGUGAAAUCAAAAACAGCAGAGGGACAAUCAGAAGGGAAGAAAAAGAAACCACGAAGGGGAUUCAGGGAUCGGAAGGUAAUGGAAUACGAGAAUAGAAUCAGAGCUUACUCCACUCCAGACAAAAUUUUCCGGUAUUUUGCAACACUGAAGAUUAUCAAUGAAAAUGGGGAUUCAGAAGUGUUUAUGACGCCACAGGAUUUUGUUCGAUCAAUAACUCCAAAUGAAAAACAGCCGGAGAAUCGGGGGCUGGACCAGUUCCAAGUGAAGCGAUAUGAUGGAAAGCCGUCCCCACGAGAGAUCAAACUGGCAAUCACUGCUUUUGAUUUCUGGCAGAAACUUUCCCAAGAACGAGAGAAGUUUGCAGAUGAAGGCAGCAUAUUUUACACACUGGGUGAAUGUGGACUGAUUUCAUUCUCUGAUUAUAUAUUUCUAACUACUGUUCUAUCUACUCCACACAGGAACUUUGAAAUUGCCUUUAAGAUGUUUGACCUGAAUGGCGAUGGUGAGGUUGAUCUGGAGGAGUUUGAACAGGUUCAGAGUAUUAUUCGAUCACAAACCAGCAUGGGCAUGCGUCACCGAGACCGCUCCACGACAGGGAACACGCUGAAAUCUGGAUUUAGCUCGGCACUCACCACCUAUUUCUUUGGUGCAGAUCUGAAAGGAAAACUAACUAUCAAACACUUCCUAGAGUUUCAGCUUAAGUUACAGCAAGAUGUCCUGAAACUGGAGUUUGAACGGCAUGACCCAGUGGAUGGACGAAUCACAGAGCGUCAGUUUGGCAGUAUGCUAUUAGCGUACAGUGGUGUCCAAUCCAGGAAACUCACUGUGAUGCUGAAAAAUCUCAAGAAACAAUUCAAAGAUGCAGAGGGUGUCACUUUUCGUGAUGUGGAAAGUUUUUUCACUUUUCUGAAGAACAUCAAUGAUGUGGACACAGCUUUAAGUUUCUACCACAUGGCAGGAGCCUCCAUUGAUAAAGCAACUAUGAAGCAGGUUGCCAAGACAGUGGCACGAGUAGAACUUUCUGAUCAUGUCUGUGAUGUCGUCUUCGCUUUGUUUGAUUGUGAUGGAAAUGGAGAACUAAGCAACAAGGAGUUUAUUUCAAUCAUGAAGCAACGGUUGAUGCGUGGCCUGGAGAAACCCAAAGACAUGGGCUUUACCCGCCUAAUGCGUGCAAUGUGGAAAUGUGCACAGGAAACCGCAUGGGACUUGCCCAAGUUAUCCAAGUAAAAAGAGGUGGAAAUAGCCCAAUUGCACAUUUCAGAUUCGAGCUGCUUCAUCACAAUCUUCUAAUAAUUGUGAAAAGGACUGUACUGGGUCAGACUAACUGCUGUCUUAGCUCAUGGGAUGUUUGUGAAGGGGAGAGAAUUUUUUUUUCUAUUUAUGUUAUAAUGAUUAUGUAUCUUAACACUGCGAUUAGUGCAAGAAAAUGUUUGCAUGUUUGAUAAUGUAACUACCUUUGUAUGCUAUAAACAUUGCUCAUCGAGUUUUAAAAGUGGAUUCAACUGAUUGUUACGGUUGAUGAAAUGAAAAAGUUCAUCAUAUAGCCGUUAUGUUGUUCAGUCAUAAACACAACUGUUUAAUGUAAACCUCAGGAAUGUAUAAACCUGUCUAUUUUAGGGUGUAGGAUGGGUUGCAGAGAGUCUCAAAACAUCUGCCUAAUUAAAGUGAAUGUGAUGGCAAUUUAUAGGUGACAGUGAGUUCAGUGUAGAUUUAAGGGAGAAUGUUUGUAAAGCACUGUGUCCAUUCUACUUGGAGGGAGUACACUGAUACAGAGUGUUUAUUUACACUUAUAAUCAAUACACAGUGUGUGCAAUGAGAUUAGGUUCAAGUUUUGCUUAUAGCAACCCACCUCACUUUGCUCACAUUAUUAUUAUCACACUUGCUUUCAAAUGUGAUAAUGCAACUUUGAAUGAAAAUUACUUCCUGUUGCAUCCACUUCCUCUUCAGGUUUUUGGUACUUGCCCCAGUAAUCUUCCAUUUUGAACUUGAUUUUAUUUUAAGUUGUUUUGCUUUGAGGACAUUGAUGUGAAAAAAUGUUUUUUUGAGACCAUGUAUUUCAGAAGCUGAAAUUUUCCCAAUUUUGGUUCAGUUUAAUGCUGAUUACAGAGUUAAAAGUUUGUUUGUCAUUGUUGUUUAGGAACCAUCUCCAAAUUCUUACUGUUGCCCCUAAAUGUACAGAAUGGAGUAUAUGUACCUGAUGUGUUUGUAAUAUCUACACCUCUUUUCUGCUCCUCGGCCUGAAAUCACCUAAUCACACAAAUGAGUGAUACAAACAGAACCCAAAGCGACAGGAAUUGAAAGUUUGGAGGUGAGAUCUUUUGAGACGAUCUUUUAGGACGAGUGAAAUUGCCAGCCAGGGAAUAAAAUUUGAAAUAAAUGGUA